UUCUUCUCUUUCUCCAGCACACAUACAUAGACUCUUCUCUACUCACCUAAGAACCCUCCUAGUCUCCACACACACACACACACACACACACACACGCACACUCACACACACACACACACACACACAUACACCACACACACACACACAUACCACACACACAGACACAGACACGUGCACACAAACUUGGAGGACCCUCCAGCGUCCUCGUGCUGAGCGUAUAGGUGGAGGGAGUUGGAUUCCCUCUCCCGUCCAUCUCUCACCAUUCCGCCGUGCGGGGAGAGCUCCGCGCUGGCGGCCCCGCCCCUCUCCCGCCUCAGCCUGGGACGGAAGACCCUGCUGGGGGCCGCAGCCGCCGUCAUGCUGCUACUCAUCCUGGUGGUGCUCAUCCCCGUCCUGGUCAGCUCAGUGGGCAGCAGUGAGGACACCAGCCGCUAUGAGAUGCUAGGCACCUGCCGGAUGGUCUGCGACCCUUACCUGGAUAAAGCAGGCGGCACAACAGCCGGAGCCAUGGGCACGGCCGUCACGCACAUCCAGGCUGAGGCCCUGACUGACAACAGCAUGGGUCCCCCACUGCCCACCUAUGCCCAUGGGCCACAGGGCAGGGCGGGACGCCCGGGGAAGCCUGGACCUCCUGGACCUCCAGGACCACCAGGACCACCUGGAGAGCCAGGUCCACCAGGACCCAUGGGACCACCGGGUGAAAAGAAUGAGGUAGAGCAGCCAGGGAUCUUUUCCUUGGGUGGUAGAGCUGCGACAGGCAUCAGCACAGCCACCUACGCAAUGGGGCCCCGUGUGGCAUUCUAUGCCGGCCUGAGGAACCCACAGGAGGGCUAUGAGAUCCUGAGGUUCGAUGACGUGGUCACCAACAUCGGGAAUAAUUAUGACAGUUCAUCAGGAAAGUUUGUGUGCAAGGUGCCCGGGACGUACUUCUUUACCUACAACGUCCUGAUGAGGGGUGGGGAUGGGACCAGCAUGUGGGCGGACCUUCUGAAGAACGGACAGGUGAGGGCAAGUGCUAUAGCCCAGGAUCAGGAUCAGAGUUACGAUUAUGCCUCUAACACGGUCAUUCUGCAUCUGGACCCCGGAGACGAAAUCUUCAUCAAGCUGGAUGGAGGCAAAGCCCACGGAGGCAACAGCAACAAGUACAGCACCUUCGCCGGCUUCAUCCUCUACUCUGAUUAGCGGCAGAGGUCAAACGGUUCACGAGGGCGAGGGGGCAACGGUCAAGGCUCAUGAUUUCAUAAAGCGAGGAUGUUUCAGUGUCUUGUUCAGGGAGAGAGACAGAGGGGUCUUCACUGAUCUGCCUGAAAGAUCUUUUCUUAGCCGUGGCUCAGUGGCUACACGGAUGGAUGGAUUCGUCAUUUCCUUCCUCUUCAUUCAGACAGGCAGUCAAAUCUGGUUGAGUGAUUAAUUGAAAUUGUCUAUCACUUAUUUAUUUGCUUCAUUCAUUCACCUGUUUAUUUAUUCAUUUCACUAUUCAUUUACCCGUUAGUUUGUGGAUAUAUUCGGUUAUUCAUUUGUGCACUUAUGAAGUCAUUUACUCACUCAUUCCUUGGGUUGUUUGUACACAUUUGAUGUCUAAUCCUUUUAAACCUAAACAAGCCACUUUUCUGUUGAUUUAGACCACUUUGUAUGCUUCUCAGCAAAUGCUCAGCAAAUGUUCUUCGACUCCUAGCUUGUCUAACAAUUUUUUAAAAAAGCAGCCACGACUACAAAAACCUUGCACAGUAGAUCAGAAAAACUCCAUUUGUCUCUCUCGUUCACUCAUCUUUUCUCUGGGAGUGCUAUUUUAGCCGUGUGAUGAGGCCACGAGCGUGUGGUUUUCUGUUUCUGGACAGUAGAAACAAGAGUCAAGCCAAGUUGCAUUUAGUCGUUUCAUGAAGAUAUUUGUCUUUGUAUGAGUGUUCUUGUCUCGUCUUUGAUGAUAUGCGAUGAUAUGUGUCGUGUGUAAUAACUGACCUUAUGAGAAACUAUACCCAGAACUUAAUGAGAUUGCUGUGUCCACCCAAUUCUGAAUUCAAUGUGGAAAAGCACCCUGGUCCUGAUGCCCCAUCCAAAACCAUAGCAUUUAUAUGAGUAUCCAUCUGUGGAAUAAAAUACAAACGCUGGGUGUGGAAAUAUCAGCUUAUACUUCCCUAAAACCUUGUACUGUAUGGUUUUGGAAAAAAAACUUUGGCUUUGAUCAGGACAGGGGGCAAUCUCCAGAAGAAUGGACACUUAUUGUAUAGUCUGCUGCUGAGAGAAAUGAAAAGAAAUGAGAUUAUUUAAAAGCUCCAAUCAGGAAUUGCUGAAGCAGCACCCUAGGUCUUUGCUCUGGGAUGGUGAUGUUAAUUAUCUCACUGAUACAUAUCGAAGACAUUAAUUACUCUUGGUUAAUUACUUGAUGUAGGCGCAAGUGGUUGGCAAGUGGUUGGAAUGAAAGCCCUCCAUCAGAUUAAGAGAAAUGAGACAUGCUAGUCGGUAACUAGGAUUUUAUGGGCCCCAGUGCAAAAAAAAAUGCCCCUAAUAUGAAAAUUACCUUCAAUGAGUAAACAAAUGCAAUUUUAAUAUGUUAAAAUGUAAUUUGCUUGUUGACUCAGUAUUGCAAUAUCUCAACCAAAUUGAUGAAGCUGACGUUUAUCAUAGCCAGUGUUGGGAAAGUUACUUUACAAACGUAUUUCAGUACAGAUUAGUGAUUACCUGGAAAAUAAUUGUAAAGUAAACCAAAGGAUUAUUAUAUUAAAGUAAUGUAAUCUGAUUAUGUUCCAAUAAAUUUUGAUUAGUUUGGCUUUUUAAAGUCAUACAAUUCAAUAAACUAUAAAGUCUUUUUCCACCUCGUUAUUCUUCAGUUGCACAUUAUUCUUCAUGAUUAAUGUUUAUAUUAGCUAGAAAUUCUAUGGAUUGGCCAAUAAAAGACCAUAAACUGCUGCACUCUGAGGUUCUUCUUCAGGUUUCCCUAAAAUUCCUAAAAUGUUUAACUCUUCAAAUUUGACAUUUUUCGGAUACAAAAUGGGUAAUUUCAAUGAAAAGUGAUUAGUUUUAAUGUAAGUGGUUUAACUGUUAUCUUACCAGUAAUCAAGAUAUUUUUUAUGAUGCACUUGUAAUCUGAUUACAGUCUUUUUUCCUCUGACAUAUUUACCUGAUUACAUAACGCCAUUACAUGUAUUCCGUUACUGCCCAUUCCUGUGUUUCUGUAACAGUUACAUAUUUUUGUAUCCUGAUUACAUAACACUGUUACAUGGAUCAUGUUACUAACCUUGAUCACACCUGCCCAUAAAGGUAUAAAAGUAGCAAUAUAAAGUCUAAUUAACAUUACGUGGCACAAUCUUAAUGCACCCCACUCCCCCCCACCACUCCUGCACCCUCCUGCAUACUAUAGGGCCGUCAGUGCAACUGCCAGUGGUUGUGCACUGGUUACUAUGAUAAUCAUUGACCAACUUGCAUCUUUCACCUACAAAUAUGACAUCCCCAGUUUGGCCAUUCCUGAUUGGGGUUAUGGAAGGAAUCUGUAAUCCACCAUAUGUAUCUGGAUACAUCAAUGUAAACUAUACUUUUGCUAAUAAAUGGAGGUUUUUUAAAAAUCUGUAU